AUGUUCUUUUUAACAUAAAUUCAUCUUGGUUUUUUUAAGAAUAUUACUUGGAGUAAAAACUAAUUUGAGUUUCCUUAAUUUAUACAAUUAAUUGUAAAUAAAACUGUGUUUCAAUAACUUUUGAAGGAUUAGGAUGGAUCAGAUUUUUUAAAAUAUGUAGGAAUUUAUCAAUUGGACAUGCUGGUGACUAAAUAGAAUCUAUGUGUAAUUUUGACUCUUAUAUUAUUGUGUUUUAUAGAUAACCAGAAUUUUUAUUACUCUUGUAGGUGAAAUGGAGUAGGAUGAUAUUGAUUAUUUAAAACAGAACAAAUUUAAUAAAGAAUUAAUAUAUUCUAUGCAAAAAUUAAUAGAAAUAUAAUUCUAUUGCAAAAAGAUGGAACUGUAUAUUAUUAUUUAUCUUAUAAUAUUGGCCAAAAAUCUAAAAUUUAUGCAAGGCAUUAAUUAUCAAUUAUAUAAAAUGAAAAUCAAAAUGAAAAUUAAUAAAUAUUAGCAGAAAAAUUUUAUAAUUAUUUUAGUCAUUAAUAACUUAUAAAAUUUGCAAUAAUAAAUGGUAAUUUAGAAUAAUAUCAAUUUUCUAAAGGUUAAAAUUUAAAUACUCAUUUCAAAAGUUCUGUUAGAUAAGAUUUUCUUUAAUAAAUGA